AUGGCGAGCGAACAGAAGAUGAGCGACCCCAUUCAAGCCCUGAACUACGACUGCAUCGUUCAAGUCCUAGCCAACCUACCUCCUAAGGACCUCAUCCGCGCCGAGGGUGUAAGUAAAGCCUGGCGGGAACAGGUGCGUGACUGGAUGAGCGGACUUGGAAUGCGAAAGUACUUCUCAGACGCGUUAAUCACAGAGAAACGUGGAGAGGAAAUCGACGUCGUGGGACGGUUCAAGAAGUAUGUCAUUGAAGGAACCUGUGCUGAGAGAUGGGCUGCACGUAAGGCCAAUCAUGCAAAUGAGUACACCGUACCUUGGGAGAGGAGCAGCCGUAUGCAGGGGCUUCACACAGCGGGCGACUACAUCGCGUACAUGCAAGGCGGCCAACUCUUCGGGGCCCGCCUUGGGUACCAUGAAGGCGCCGACGGGACUCCAACGCCGUAUCCUCCUCAAGUGAUUGAUCUUAUGAACUUCACGCUUGAUGAUAUCUCGGAUAUACGAGUGCAUGCCUCCGGGUUGGUGAUGCUUCUGAUGGGCGACUACAGACCCUGGCUACAAAUGUUCAGCAUCGAAACCGGGCAGCGCCUCUGGUCUGUGGCAAUCGCCCUGCACCUUGGCAGACAAAAUUACAAUCAAGUCACGCUCGGAUGGGAAAAGGUGUACCAGCACACGAGGGAUAUGUCCAUCAUCGAUGCCUACGAUAUCCGGAUGGGACAGCUCGUAAACUCGGUGCACACAAGCCUGAAAGUCACCGCAACCUGCUUGCCCGGGCAGGCGGCUGUUGUGUGGCGAAUCCAGGGACGCGAAGUCCUGGUCACGUUUGACUCCGUUGCUCGUCGCGAUGAGAAGGAGCUCUACUUUGUCGACGCUGACACCGGACAAACCCUCCAGAUCAUCGCAUUCAAACACGAAUUGCUCCGCCUGGCUGUUUCGGACCGCCGCGACGAACUGGCCUUUGCCCUGAUAACCACGCCGGCUUCGGAAGGCGACGAGGAAUUACCGAUGCUGCGCGAGAUUAGGAGGUUCCACUACCAAGCCGCGGAGAAGAAGUUUGUCGAGCAGAGCAACGCGCACAUUGACUUGGGAUAUUCCAGGCUGAGUCAAAAUGAUGUCUUCGACAUUGACCCGUUUAGGGGACUCAUCGUUGCAAUGGAUCUUGAUGGUCAGUUUCCCAUUGUCUAUUCGCUUGAAUCAUCCAGCAGAUCAAACACCCUCACCUGCACACCACCUGAACGAUUUGUUGUGGAAAGCAAAGAUACAGAUGUAUCUGGCGCUGUUGGGGAAGGAAAAGCGCUCAAGGCGAAAAGGGUCAAUAUUGUAGGGAACAAGCUGUUCAUCUACUACUGGGACUGGAGCUUGCCUGGCACAACAAGAUACGGCCUUUUGGACCAGAAGGUUGUGGUUUUGGAUUUUGGAUCAACAGGAGGGUCGCCGAUGGACUUGGACGAUGCCACUUGCCUGCACCACCCAAGCGGUCUUGCGGAAUUCCGCUAG